AUGUCCGACGGUUCUCCUCCAGCUACAGCAGCAACCAACAAACGACCAGCUUCACCUUCUCCUGAACCUGAAAACCAAUCAGCUAAAAGAGCUAAAGCCGAAUCCAACAUCGAGGGAGAAUCAAAAGUUGAGACUACAGCCGAGAGCGAUAAAAAAGAAAACGGUAACGGAGAGGCUACCAUCGAGGGCAAAGAAGAGCCCAAGAAAAAGAUGGACGACGUUGAGAUGGAGGGCGAUGCAGGCCCCUCAUCUACCCUUGCUCCUCCCCCAGCUUCCGUCCCUGCCGCUCCUGUUAAAUCCGAAGCUCCCCCUCAACAGAUAUCCAUGAGAUCGUUGAUCGUCACCCAAGAUGCAAGUAUCAUCAUUGGAAGGGGAGGUGCUCAUGUCAACGAGAUUCGAGAAAAAUCGAGUGCACGAGUAACCGUCUCAGAAUCUAUCCCCGGUAACCCCGAAAGAAUCCUCAACGUCUCUGGUCCCCUCGAUGCCGUUGCCAAAGCAUUCGGACUCAUCGUCAGAAGAAUCAACGACGAGCCAUUUGAUGUCGCAUCCGUCCCCGGCUCUCGAGCAGUCACAAUCAAAUUCAUUAUUCCCAACUCCCGAAUGGGCAGUGUCAUUGGUAAAGGUGGUUCGAAGAUCAAGGAGAUCCAAGAAGCAUCUGGAGCAAGGUUAAAUGCCAGCGAAGCAAUGUUACCAGGUUCCACCGAGCGAGUUCUGUCAGUAUCCGGUGUGGCCGACGCUGUUCACAUCGCCGUUUAUUACAUUGGAACCAUCCUUCUCGAAUAUCAAGAACGUAACCCCGGUGCAUCAAGUGGUUCCUACCGACAAGUAGGUGCAAGAGGUGGAGCUGGUGGAGGAGGGCCCAGUGGUCCCGGUGGACCUGGUGGACCAUCAGGAGGUUCAAGCGGUGGAUUCAGUAACAACAAUGCCAACGCACCUCCUCCACCCGGUAUGCAAACACAACAAAUCUUCAUCCCCAACUCUCUCGUUGGUGCAAUUAUCGGUAAAGGUGGUUCCAAGAUCAAUGAAAUCCGAGCUCAAUCGCAAUGUAAAAUCCAAGUAACUGAUCCAGGAACAGCAGCACCUGGAGCAGUUGCUAAUCCAGAAGAAAGAUUAGUGACCAUCACUGGCUAUCCUAAUAAUAUCAAUACUGCCGUUUCCUUACUAUAUGCUCGAGUUGAACAAGAACGUCAAAAGAUGUUGGAACAGAAUCACAGUGCAUAG